AUGCUGAUCACUGCACGCACCUAUUCAGCCUCCCAGACCCCAGACCAAGGUGCAGCACAACCCUGCAAUAACAGGUCGCGAUUUCAUACCCUCUCCGGCUGGCAAACAAGCCCAGUGGAUACAAAGGAAGCAACCGACAUGUUGUUAAUCCAUCAAGUUGGUAGUGUUCGCGUUGGGGAAGUCGUUAGAUACACGAUUACAUACACACCGGCGGCCGAUCCGAUCCUGCCCAUUCCUUCAAAUCUCUAUGUGAAGGUGAAGAACACAUCUGCUAUCCCAUUACGUGCCGCAUAUCUCCAUGGUCCGUACACGCUAUACGCCGCCUGCUAUCCCUCGCGGUUUGACCCGAAUACCAAAUAUGAGCGACAGGACUUGGAGGGUACGCCUCAGUUUGAGCCCUACCUCAAGGCCGGAGGUGGUUGGGACGCCGUCAUCAAGGUGCCGGCUAAUCUCCUGAAAGCUCACGACUUCGGCUCUCCGGACCAAGGCGGGCCGGCAAGUGGACAGAGCGUUAGCUGGAUUAUUGAGAUACAAUCUCAGGUGAUAUUCUCGAGUAGCGCAGCGGUGCAUUUUGAGCUGCUAGUGGGCCGAGAUGAAAAAUCGCUGGCUUAUUUCUCGGGCGGUACGUGGAGUAGCGGAAAUGGCUCGACGGGGCCUCCGGCAAAGCUACAAGACCAUUGGCUACCUGGAACUAGAGGGAGUCAGGUGCUUGCCUCGAAAGGCGUGUAUUCAAAGGCAAUUACUCUUCAUGUCGACGAUACAACUAGUCUAUGGAGCAAUCCACCAUUCCCGUCGGCGAAGCCGACUUCCGAAAGCGUUAAUCGGAAGGGUCAGGGCUCGCAGCCUCUAUGUGAUAAUCCAGCGCCGGAGAACUCUACUGAAUCUCCGACGAAAAGCGCCAAGAAGAAGUCGGUUCAUCUUGUGUUACUGACACAUGGGUUGCACAGUAACCUCGGUGCAGACAUGCUCUAUUUAAAAGAGAGCAUUGACGCAGCCAUGAGAAAUUCCAAAAAGAAAGACAGUCAAUCCAAAGCUCCCCACGUCAGCCCUGUUGGACUUGGACUGGAUGAUCAAGAAAACUUACAUUUUGCCAGCAGUAAAACCAGUCAUGUUGAGGAGGAGCAAAAUAGCCAGUCUGGUGAUAACACCGAAGAUGACGACGAAGAGCAAGUCAUUGUCCGAGGGUUCUCUGGCAAUGUUGUUCGGACUGAGCGUGGGAUUCAAUACCUCGGUAAACGGCUAGCCAAAUAUGUCCUACUUCUAACAUAUCCUGAUCAACCCUAUUUUCCUCUGAAGGACUCGAAAUCGAACCCACUUUCUCGACCGUUUAGUGCUCGUAAGGAGCGAGCUAAACAUUCUUCUCAUUCGGCUGAUUCAACGCCCCAAAAAGAUGCCCAAGAAUUUCAAAAUGAAGACCACGCGUAUAAGAUUACGAGCAUUAGUUUUGUUGGCCACUCUCUGGGUGGGCUAGUCCAAACAUAUGCAAUCGCAUAUAUCCAAAAGCACUCACCUCAGUUCUUUGAACAAAUCAGGCCUGUUAACUUCAUUGCUCUUGCAACUCCCUUUCUUGGUCUCAGCAAUGAGAAUCCAAUGUAUGUUCGAUUUGCAUUGGAUUUAGGCCUAGUCGGUCGCACCGGCCAGGAUCUCGGGUUGAGUUGGACGGCACCGAAAGUUCGAAGUGGUUGGGGGGCCAUUAUUGCUGGAAGAGGAGAGUCUACAAAAGACCCUGGCCAUUCGGAUCCUGGCUCCAAGCCACUUCUACGGAUUCUUCCUUGUGGCCCUGCCCACGAAGUUCUGAAGAAAUUCCAACAUCGGACAGUGUACUCAAAUGUGGUGAAUGAUGGGAUAGUUCCUUUGCGGACGUCUUCUCUUUUGUUCCUGGACUGGAAGGGUCUGGAUCGGGUCGAGAAAGCGAGAAGGGACAAUGGACUUGUUGGAACUAUGGCCGAAUGGGGAUGGGCAGAAUUAACAGGCGCCAAUUCGAAAUCCCCGCGAAUCCCUCGCAUCGAUGAGGAACAGCAUUUGAGUCUUCCGACAAUAGAGACCAGUCAUCAAAAUGCAUAUUCUGCAACCCAGGUUUCACCAAGCCCCAAAGACGACAUUUUGGACGAUCCAAUCUCUCCAAGGCCGGGACAAUUCUUAUCACAGCCCAGUCGUGUGUCCAAUCACAGGAUUCCAGAGGAGAACUUGGUGAAGGAAAAUCACUCGGGAAAUGCGCCUUCCAGCCCCCUGGAAAGCUUUUUCUCGCUGUUUCGCCCAAAUCAGGGCAAGCAUGCCCCCCCUAAUAGCAAGAGUGCUAGAAUUUAUAGGCGUAGCCAGACCCUGGGCACUUUUGAGACUGGCAAUGGCAAUGGCGAUGGCACAAUGCCCAUUAGUCCUGGAAGUUCCGAGCACGAGCACGAAGGAGUGCACACGCCUCCAAAGACAACAUUUUUCGAGUCUGCAGGAGACUUGUUGAUGCCGCCUUUACCACCUGCGGAUUUCAUUCUGGACCCUGCCUCGCGACCCCGGACAAUCUUCCACGACCGCAUCUAUCACCCAGAAGAUAUCCCAACCCCUUUACCGGUAAAGCGACGCACAUUAACAUUUGGCUCGCUACCGGGCAAGCAAUCGAAAUCGAUGCCCACUCAGUAUCCACCUGCCAGCAUCGCAGACAAUGAAAGCGGCCUCAAGGUUGAAGAAAAGAUUGCGAGAGCCUAUCACCGUGAUCUAACUUGGCGUAAGGUCCUUGUUCGACUUGAGCCUGAUGCCCAUAAUAACAUUAUUGUGCGGCGCAUGUUCACCAAUGCCUAUGGCUGGCCUGUUGUGAAACACUUAGUUGAUACACACUUCGGCCACACGCCCACUGUGGAAACCGACGAUUCUCUGAAGCCAAGUGUGGAGAUGGCCAGGUCUCUAAAUGUUGAUCCGACUAGUUCGGGUGAUGAGGUUGAAGGACAGUCCGAUCCUGUCGAUCCAAAUUCAGUAAGAGAUACAGACGAUUUGCCAAAUGUAUCCGAUCUCCAUGUAUCGGAACAUGUAUAUUCUGGUCCGAGUGACAGCUUACCGGCCGAAGAUAGAUCGCACAUGAGCACCGGUGACAAAAGCCAUGUAUCGAGGCAGGAUUCAGCACGAUGGACUGAUCGUGAAGUUGUCGAAGAUGACAACGAGUCCGGCUUCGAAGUGGAAGCCGACACUGGUUUCCGUCACAGAUAA